AUCAGUUAAUGUACUGUCUGCAAUGGUCUACCAUAAAAUUUCUUUUUAAACUAAUUUUAAAAUCACGAAUCAUGCACCUCAUCGGAGAAGCGACUUUGCUUUUAUUGUGUUGGAUAAUUCUUUUGUCUUGGUGCAAUGGUUUGCAGCAAGGAAACAAACUUAAAAUUGACUCUGAUCAAAAUGUUUUAGAGAAGGUUUUAAAACGAUUAAACGCGCUAGAAGUAAAGUGUGAACUCCAAACUGAUGAGAAUUCCGAACUUCGACAAAAAGUGGCAGCUCUUGAGACACAAAUAAAUGCCCUGCAAGCCGAGAACAAACAAAUGGGAACUAACAUCCGAGUCUUGCAGACGCGCGACCAGAUGCUUAUUGAAGAAAAUAGAAAUAAAGAACGUCAUGUAAAAGAAAAUAAGAAAAAAGAAAUCGACACAAAAGACGGUAGCGACAAGUUUUCGACUAAUAACAACGUAGAUGAUCCUAACAAAGCUCUGGAUGUUUCAAUAUAUUCAGGUGUGAAUAGCAGUCAUUUCAGAAAAAAUCUUUACAGGCGCAAGAAAAGAGAAAGCUACGUCAAUGUUGCAUUUUUCGCAACAAUUAGAAGUCAUCAUUUGGAACACCUUUCUCCUAACCAACCGUUGAUAUUCGACCACGUCAUUACAAACAUAGGAAAUGCUUAUAACAACCACACAGGGGAUUUCCGAGCUCCGGUAAGUGGAACGUACGUGUUUUCGGUGACACUAAUGACCGUUAAUAGUGGAACUAUACACUGUCUGAUGGUACAGAAUGGAAAAGGCGUUGCUUACAUAUAUCUCUACGGCACAGACACGCAAGACGCGACAUCUAGCGUGACUGCGGCGUUAGAACUUCAAGAGGGAGAUAACCUUGCUAUUCAUAAUAUGCUAAAUGAUGUCAGUAUACACGGACAUGGGUAUACAUAUUUCUCAGGUUUUCUGCUUUAUCAAGAUUAUUCAAACCCGGGUAUCAUUGGAAAGUAGUCUACAUAAAACACGUUUCUAAUGGGUCUGAAAUUCUGAAUUACAUUUAAUUUCUCAGGAUUAAAUUGUUUUAGAAUGAUUCUCUUCCUUAAACUAAUCUUUAUUGAAUUAAUGAACAAUUGAAUCUAAAACAAUAUGAAUUACUUAUAGCUAAGCCUGAUUUUCCAGCUUGUAGAACAAGUCCGUUUGUGUAUUAUUUUAG